AUGCUGCGCGGCAUCCUGGCCUGUUGUCUGUUAUUCUCCCUAUAUUUUGUCUACAAACCACCUGCGGCACUCAUCCGCUUCUGCCAGCGUCGCUGGCCUGACGUGCUCUUCCACGUCCCCGUCACCAAGAAAGUUGUCGCACUUACCAUCGACGAUGGCCCCUCCACGCACACUGAGGCUAUUCUACAUCUGCUCCGAGCUCACGAUGCCACCGCCACGUUCUUCGUGAUCGGAUCGCAGAUCCCUGGCUACGAAACUGUUCUGGCCGAUCUGGUUCGCGCCCGCAACGAGCUCGCCAACCACGCCAUGCAUGACGAGCCGUCACGAGCGCUGAGCGAUGCCGUUCUCACGGACCAGAUCCUGGCUGUCCACGGCCAUAUCCAAGACGCCUAUCGUGCAACGGGGCAGGCUGACGGGCCACCGAACUGGCUGUUUCGGCCCGGCUCGGGAUUCUUCAGUUCUCGCAUGCGCUCUCGCGUUAAAGAGCUGGGUUACCGAUUAGUCCUGGGCGACGUGUAUCCUCAUGAUCCACAGGUGCCGUUCUGGCGUCUUAAUGCCAAUCAUAUCCUCAGCAUGGUGCGGCCUGGUAGUAUUAUUAUCUGCCAUGACCGCAGAGAGUGGACAGCACCGAUGCUACAGACGGUAUUGCCGGAGCUGAAGCGCGGAGGAUAUCGCGUUGUGACAGUCUCUAAGUUACUACAAGAAGGGCGGUUAUAA